AUGGCGGCCAGCAUUGUCGGAAAAAGAUGGAGAUUUGUAUGGGCCCAUGUAACCUGCUUGGACUUCAGUGGAGAUGAUUUCAAAGAAGAAGGGACACAAGCCUCAGACAUCAUCCACAGGGUUAUAUUGCAGUACAAUGCAAAAAGAAUUGAUACUUUAACACUCUAUCACCUCAACUGCAAUGAUUAUCAACUGGAGACAUGGAUUACGACUGCAAUCGUGCGUAGCGUCCAUAAUAUUUAUCUUGCACUUAAUUUUGAUACAAUCCCUCCAUCUCUCUUUAUCAACAAAACCAUUGUCGACUUGAAGCUUGAUUUCUAUGGAGCGUCACUCUCUGAUGUGGGCAGUGUCUCAUUGUCUAGCCUCAAGAAGUUUCAUGUUUCUAAUGUUGUUUGCGAGAAUGAUGAAGCCCUCCCCCACUUUCUUUCCCGUCGUCUGUCCCUUGAGGAGUUGAAUAUGGCAUUCACAUCUGUGGAAGAAAAUGAUUAUGCGGGCUGCACAAAUAUAUCAUCACCCACAAUAAAGACGCUUGAGCUCGAUCUUCACGAUUUGACCUGUCCAUCUAACCUUAAAUAUAGGAUGAUAAUAAAUCCCCCUGCCCUUAGGUAUCGAGUGCUUCUCGUUCCUAAACGAGCCCUGGAGAAUGACAUGGCACCCAUCCUUGUUGUGGCCACCAACCGAGGCAUCACUUCCAUCCGUGGGACCCACUACAGGUCACCCCACGGCAUCCCCAUCAAUUUCCUCGAUCGCCUACUCAUCAUCUCCACAAAACCUUACACUGCGGAUGAGAUGCGGAGGAUUCUGGACAUCAGGUGCGGGGAAGAGGAUGUGGAGAUGUCGGAGGACGCAAAGGUUUUGCUGACUAGGAUAGCGGUGGGCACGUCUUUGAGGUACGCUGUCAAUCUCAUCACUUCUGCUGCGCUUGCCUGUCUCAAGAGGAAGGGAAAGGGUGUGGAGAUAGAGGACGUCAGUAGGGUUUACGGGCUGUUUUACGAUGUGAAGAGGUCCACGCAGUACCUCAUGGAGUAUCAGGGUCAGUAUGUGUUUAGUGAGGAUGCGAUGGUGGUGUCGUGA